AGACACCCAGAGUAACUGAAUACAAGAAAUUCAUGUAAAGUAUGGAAUCUAAUCAUUCGGCGACCAAAAUGACCAAUUCAAAGAAUAAAAUUACUGCUCGACAAGCACCAUCAAAAGUAUUUCGAAAUCCGUUUUUAACUUUUAUGGUAGAUUUCAGAAGAAAUAAUAAACACAAAUUAAGUUUUUUAGAUAUUAUCAAAAAAGGUGCCGAAAUGUGGCGAAAUUUAAAUGAAAAUGAAAAGCAAUAUUAUAUUGACAUUUCUAAACAGGUACCGUUUGUAAGAAGACGAAGAAGAGUUUACGAAAGAGAAAUUAAAGAUAAAUCAACGAUAAGCAAGAGGAAGAGAAAGCGCAAUGCUCAGUCAAAAUGUUCUGAUGUUAGAAGUAAUAAAACUGCCCACAACAGUACAGCACAAAAUUCAAAACAGAAUACAAAAGCACAUUCAAUACAGAAUACUAAACAUAAUUCGAAAAAAAAUACAAACCGACAUUUAAAACAGAAUACGAAUCACCAUUCUAAACAGAAUACAAAUCAACAUUCAAAUCAAAAUACGAAUCGUAAGCAAUCUCAAGACAUACAACGCCGCAGUUCUUCUGCAAGAACAAAAAGUAGUGUACAUUUGAAUGAAAAUCAACAAACGAGAAAUUGUGAUGAAUGUACUGCGGUUAUACCUUUUGUCGGAAAGAAAGACAGUAGAGAAUUGAGAAUAAAAAAGUCUGAUUACGAUGGUAUAAGAAGAGAUUAUAUUUAAAUUGUUUGCUAAAAUUAUUAAAUAAAAUGUUAUGUAGG